AUGGCUACUUACAAGUAUGCCCCGCUCAAGCACCAGGAGUGUGAGAUACGCUUAGUGACGCUGCGGCCUGGCCAGUGGAACGAUGAUAUCGCUUUCACCAUAUGCCACACACCACUGAUCCGUCCGAAAGAUGAAGAGCACAUAUGCAGAAGGCUUUCAGUUCAGGAAUUAAACCAAACUCUUCCAAAUGGUUACAGGUGCGGAGAAACUUUGAACGGACGAUAUCUGUUCAUGCAGGAAAAGGACGGUGCCAAUAGCUGGGAACUAGGGAUGCCGAUGUUACCACAAAAGGAUAUAUUGGACUCAUGGUAUCACCCUGAUCCAAAUUUCGAUCCUGCACUAUACGAAGUACAAUCUCGCCGGCCAGGUUCAGAUUCCAGACCGGAAUACGAAGCCCUAUCGUACACCUGGAGCUGUUCAGCAGACCCUGUGAUCGCGCAUGAACUGAGUGCGACUCCUUCGACAAUGAAAAUACGUGCAAAUCUCGCUCUUGCCCUUAGAUACCUGCGGUACCUAGACAAGCCUCGAAACUUGUGGAUAGACGCGAUAUGUAUAAAUCAGAAUGACAUUUCUGAACGGAAUCGCGAGAUUAGUCGCAUGAGAGACAUCUACUCGCUGGCAACACGUACUAUCCUCUGGGUAGGAGGGGAAACCUCGGAUAGUGCAAAGGCUUUAGCGACAUUAGAAUAUUUUGGGGAGCAAGUUGAAUGCUUAGGUGGAGGACAGUGUGCCGACACCCCAGGUACUACGCAGCUCGGCUGGUUCCAAACGGACUGUGAGCUGCCAUAUGAUGAGCAGACUUGGUCAAGCCUGGUAGCCUUCUUCCAAAGACCUUGGUUUACCCGUGUCUGGGUGCUACAAGAAGCUAUUUUAGGCGGUGAGCGCUGCGUAAUACAGUGUGGAAAGGAUACUGCGUUGUUCUAUUCUUUGAGAAAGACGAUGCUCGUUAUGGCGAGGAAUACUACCGUUCCUGCCGCAUUGAGAUCCCUUCUAUCCUCGUACAGACCAGGCCUGCUUCCGAGCUCCAUCAGGAGCUUCGCGGGACUUGUCAGCUGGACCAGGGAUCACCAUUGUACUGAUCCUAGAGAUAAAAUCUACGGCAUUUUGGGUUUGGUCUCGCCUUCGAUAGCUCAAGGUAUUACGACGAACUACUUGCUGCCGACCUCUCGAAUAUACGAAAGAGCAUUUCUCAGCUGUGUCUUAAGCACCGGCCGACUACACCUGCUCCAGCAAUGUCGGUUAAGCCAGCAGCUGUAUGAUGGGCCUUCAUGGUUACCAAAUUUCGCCGUCAAGGAUUCUAGCGCUACAUUUGAACUUGAAUUGGGAAGACAUGCGUCUGGGCUUGCCGCUGCUCAUGCAAAAUACUUCGCACCAGAUACAUUGGAAGUCCUUGGGUUCAAUGGUGGGGCUGUCGUGUUGGUCAGUAUGGAGAGCUCUAGCAACGCGAAAGACAUAUUUAGAGCCAUUCGGAGAGCCGUCCCUGGACAUUGCAAUUCAUCUAGUUAUGUUGCCGGUGGGUCUUUACUUGACGCCUACUUGGAGUCGGGGUUUCAGGGGCAAACGAGAGAUCGAUAUCCGAAGUUCAGAUUCCCAAGUUUUCAAUCUUUGCAGAGCAAUUAUCACCAACACAGUUCUCACCAUACUGAGCAUGUCGAAUUUAACAUAAACACGCUUGGGCAAGAAAUUGAGAAUGUGGUGUUCUUCACAACUCAGGACGGAUAUGUAGGGCUUACACCAACAGGUGUUGCAGAAGGAGACUGUGUUAGCAUUCUGCUGGGCGCCGACUACCCGAUCUUGCUCCGCCCAACAAUGUCCGGAGAAUACUUUGUUGUGGGACCAUGUUAUAUUCACGGUCUGAUGAGCGGAGAAGCGCUACUAGGUCCUAUACCAAAUCCCUGGCAAAUAAAGAUGUACAGGGGCUAUAGCUCUGGCUGGCUGACUCUGUUUUCUCAACCCCCGAACGUAAAAACAUUCCAAGAUCCACGACUUUCACCUCUGUCCUCCCAGUGGAAAGAAGUAGGAGGAAACGAUGAUGGGCCGCCAAUAGCUCCAAGUACAUUUCAAAACACCAAUACUGGUAAGGUCAUAGACUCUGAUCCAAGAAUGCUGCCGAACGGGUUGGAACGAAGAGGUGUGAAGCUGGAGAAGUUUCGGCUUAUAUGA